AUGGCAUCAUUUUUAACGCCAUUACCACCCAGUAACAUCGAGGCCAGCAGCCCAAACAAUGUGCCUGAAGUGCCUCGUGAGUUUUCAAAGGUAGAAGGUUCUGGGCGUCAGCGAGAGAGGCAGUCGCGUGUGUUGGAGCUCGGUGGAAUCAAAUUGGAAUACGAUGAGGGGGAUCCACAGUCCAUCAAGCAACUCAUCGACGCCGUGUAUUCAAAAUAUCUUGUAUCGCGGAAUCGAGUCCACCAGUACACAAACUUCUUGACGAUGCUGAAACGCGAGGAGGAUACAUGGGCAGAGAGAUUUAAGCGUGCAAGCAAUCUAAUGCCUGAUUACAAACCACCCAUGGAGUGGAUAGCCUAA